CUACCUCCGUCGCUUUUCCUGUCCGUUCACCGCCUCCAUCUCGAGUCUCGACUCGACACAACCCUGCCAUCAGCUAUCUCCUCCUCUAUCUCCCACUCCCAAGUCGCCGAUAAUCCCCUCCCGUCGUUAAACCCAAACCCCUGGUUCGAGCCACCCACGCUCGGUCGGGAUUUGAUCGUCGAAUCUGUUAAUCAGGAGGCGAGCGCACUGAUUGAUCGAUUGCCCUAAGGAAUUGAGAGUUAAGUCGGAAAAUGGCACACAGAUUACUGCGAGAUGUUGAAGCUGAUGGUUGGGAACGUUCAGACUUCCCUAUUAUCUGCGAGUCCUGUCUUGGUGACAAUCCAUAUGUACGGAUGACAAAAGCUCAAUUUGAUAAAGAGUGCAAGAUAUGUACUCGUCCAUUCACAGUUUUUAGGUGGAGGCCUGGCCGUGAUGCAAGAUAUAAGAAAACUGAGAUUUGCCAGACAUGCUGUAAGCUAAAAAAUGUUUGUCAAGUCUGCCUUCUGGAUCUGGAGUAUGGCUUGCCCGUUCAGGUUCGGGAUACUGCCAUGAGCAUCAAUGCAAAUGAUGCUAUUCCAAAGAGUGAUGUAAACAGGGAGUAUUUUGCUGAAGAGCACGAUCGCAAGUUCUUGCAGGCCAGAGCUGGGAUCGAUUAUGAAUCUUCUUAUGGAAAGGUUAGGCCAAAUGACACAAUCAUGAAGCUUCAAAGAACUUCACCGUACUACAAAAGGAACCGAGCACAUGUUUGCAGUUUCUUCAUCAGGGGUGAGUGCACACGUGGUGCUGAAUGUCCUUACCGGCACGAAAUGCCUGUAACUGGGGAGUUGUCGCAGCAAAAUAUAAAAGAUCGUUACUAUGGAGUUAAUGAUCCAGUGGCAUUGAAACUUCUCAACAAGGCUGGUGAAAUGCCGUCAUUGGAACCCCCCGAGGACGAAAGCAUAAGAACCCUGUACGUUGGUGGGCUUGAUGCUAGAGUAAGUGAGCAGGAUCUAAGGGACAAUUUCUAUGCACAUGGUGAGAUUGAAUCCGUCAAAAUGGUGACUCAACGAGCUAUUGCCUUCGUGACGUAUACAACAAGAGAAGGAGCAGAGAAAGCUGCCGAGGAACUGUCGAACAAACUAGUAAUCAAGGGUCUGAGGCUGAAGCUCAUGUGGGGGAGGCCUCAAGCACCAAAACCGGAUCUCGACCUCUCAGAGGAAGCGAGGCAGCAGGCGCUCAUGGCUCACGGCGGGAUGCUUCCUCGUGCGUUGGUAUCCCAACAACAACAGAACCUCCCUCCCGGUACUGCUCCCGAUCAGCCUCAACAACCGAUGCAGUACUUCAACAUCCCACUUCCUCAACAGCAGCAAGAAAGAGCGUUCUACCCGUCCAUGGAUCCCCAGAGAAUGGGCGCUGUAAUUCCUUCACAGGAUGGAGGGGCUUCAAGUAGUUCAUCUGGCGAGAACAGACCUGGUGGGGAGACACAGCAGCAGCAGCCUAAUCAUCACUACCCUUAUCAAGGAAUGGCUCGUCCUCCCCCUCCGCAUGGUCAGUUUCAGCAGCAACACCAUUAUCCACCUCCUCCGUACGGGUAUAUGCAGCGGCCGCAGCCGCAGUAUCAGCAGUAUCCUCCAGCAGCAGCUUACCCAUCAGGGAUGCCUCCACCGCAGCAGGCUAGCCAGCAGCAAUACCAACAUUUUGCAGCUCCACCACCUCCAAGGCCUGCUGCAGCUCCCGAGUCUUCAUCAGGUGCACCUGCUCCUCAAUCAAACCAGUGAAAAUUUACAGUCCAGAUGUGGAUAUUGUCAUAGCCGAAGCCGUCUCUUGCUGUAAUUGUGUUGUUAUUUUACAGUCCGGAUGUGGAAGUUUAGAAAUGAAGGGUGGCUAAGCCUAAGGCUGAACAUGCUAAACAAGAACAAGGGGCACAAUUUGUCUUCAUCUGUGUUUCCCUGUUAUAACGAUGGAAGGUUUUGGCAUGUGAUUUAAAUUGGGAUUCACAAUUCCUCCCGUGUACUGUAUUCUUUAUUAUUACAGUUGUCCCAUUUCCGUUUAUACCAAAAUUACUAUUUACCGUCAA